AGUUUACUUGUGGUUAUUUGAAUCUUACGAUCACUUUUCGCUACUUUAAACAUUUAAAGUGCUAAAGUGUUAAUUGAAUUAUUAAAAAACGUGUAAAUGCAUUAGAGCAUUAAUUUCUUAAUCGUGGUGAUUAAUUUAUUACAUAGGAUUUUAUUAUUUUAUCGGUUAAUCCAAGGAUUUUACUUUAUUAACAUCAAACUUUUACAACAGAUGUUGGAUUGAAAAAAUGAUUACGUGGCGAAUUUUCAUAAUUUAUAGUUAAAGAAGAAAAAUCAAAACUCAUAUUGUAGACAAAUCUACAAAAAAAAUGCGUGUUGGUGAGAAUGAAAAGAUCACCGAUCAUCGAAACCUUCUUUAUUGGUCAGAUACCAACAAUGACACCAACGAAUUACCUCUCGAUAUGCAAUUCAACGAUGGUCACGUGCUGUCGAUUAUAGUCUACAGCAUCCUAAUGGUUUUCUCGGCCGUCGGAAAUAUUACCAUCUUGGUAUUAAUCGUUAGAAGACGAAGACAAUCUCCAUCGAGAAUUACAACUACACUGAUGCAUCUGGCCAUUGCAGAUUUAUUGGUAACAUUUAUAAUGAUGCCUUUAGAAAUCGCUUGGUCAUAUACCGUACAAUGGGAAGCUGGGGACCUCAUGUGCAGAAUAAUGAUGUUUUUUAGAAUGUUUGGUUUGUGUCUAUCCAGCUUCAUAUUGGUUUGCAUAAGUUUAGAUCGAUAUUACGCAGUUUUAAAACCUCUUCACUUAACUGGAAUAGAUCGUCGUGGACGUUACAUGUUAAUUGGAGCUUGGCUGGGUGCGGCAAUUUGUAGUAUGCCCCAGGCUCUUGUUUUUGAAGUGCGAACUCACCCCAACAUCACAAAUUACGUUCAAUGUAUUACCUACAAUACCCUACAAACGCAUACACUUCAAGUAGUUUAUGCAGCUUUUGGUACAAUCGUUACCUACAUUAUUCCACUCAUUGUGAUAAUAUAUUCUUAUGUUGCUAUUUUGAUUGAAAUCUUUAAAAGAACAAAUACGGAUGGGGAUAGAAUACGACGAUCGAGUUUGGGAUUUUUAGGGAGGGCAAAAAUCAGAACACUUAAAAUGACUAUUAUUAUAGUUUUGGUGUUUUUUAUAUGUUGGACACCUUACAACGCAAUUCUAGUUUUUUUCUGGUAUGAUCGUGAUCAGGCGACAAAAUUAGAUCCGAAAAUUCAGCGCGGCUUAUUCCUGUUUGCGUGUACGAAUUCUUGUAUGAACCCGAUAGUUUACGGGGUGUUUAACAUCAGGGCGAAAAGGGCGAACACACAGGUGAGGAUGCGAUUACAGACGUUAGAUUCGAAACAGACCGUCGUCGUCCAAACGCCCACAGUUGAAACAUUGGUACCGGGUUUGGAAAUAUCAUUAAGACCCCUAGAAUAACAACGUCACUGUCAAUAUCACAAGAACAACAUUGUUAUGAUGGCUGAUGAUUUGCAGAUCUGUGGUUACAAGUAGGAUAGUAUUUUUUGUAAAGAAAAAUGUUAGCUGCUACAUUCCGAUGUGUUAUCUUUAUUUUCUUUGUGGCUUUGCUUUUUUUUUAAUUGCAAUCGAAUUGUUUGUUGUUAAUUAUU